UGGAUUAUUGUAAUCCUUCCGAGGGACGACACCUCGGAUCAGAGCAGCCGGAGCUCCGACACACAGUGGCCUGUCAGCAGCACCUCUGCCCAAAAACAAGUCACCAAAUCGGGAUAUGAUCUGACGCACUGCUCGCUGCCCCUGAAUGCAUCACCUGGUGCUCGGGCCAUUUCCUGGAUCAGUGAGUCCGCCUGACGAACACUGACAGCGGCUUGUCUUUGCACCACGAAGCACUGCGGAGAAAAUAGCUUUAAUUUGUUAGUUAAAUAUCCCCCCCCCCCCUUUCCCUCCCCUGCCCCCGGUAGGUGUAGCUCGGCUGGACUCGGCUGUUCUCGGCUCGGUCUGCGGAGAGAAGCUGCUCGGCUGGGGCUGGACUCUGCUGGACUCGGCUCGUCUCGGCUUGACUCGGCUCUUCUCGGAGCUGCUGAUAAGCUAGCUGAGCUUAGCUAGCUCACUCAUAGCUAGGAAUUCAUCAAGUUUACCCAGAUAUUCAGCGCAUUUCCCGGACCCGCAGCCCCCCACCAAAGGAGGGAGAAUGUCGGCGAAAGACCAAAACAAAAUGUCCACCACUGAACGACCUAUCAAAGCGGUGCCAUAUCCUCCAGGUACGCGCCUGACGGUCAAAGACCUGUAUGUGGACGGCAGGCCCAGUGUGGAGGUGCUGAAAGCCCACCUGGUGAAGGAGGGCCGCCUGGAGGAGGAGACAGCUCUGAGGAUCAUCAACGAUGGAGCCGCCAUUCUGCGCCAGGAGAAGUGCAUGCUGGAGGUGGAGGCCCCCAUCACAGUGUGUGGAGACGUCCACGGGCAGUUCUUUGAUCUGAUGAAGCUGUUUGAGGUGGGGGGGUCACCCAGCAGCACCCGAUACCUGUUCCUGGGAGACUAUGUGGACCGAGGAUACUUCAGCAUCGAGUGUGUGCUGUACCUGUGGGCUCUGAAGAUCAACCAUCCCAACACCCUGUUCCUGCUCAGAGGAAACCACGAGUGCCGGCACCUCACAGAGUACUUCACCUUCAAACAGGAGUGUAAAAUAAAGUACUCUGAGCGAGUGUAUGACGCUUGUAUGGACGCGUUUGACUGCCUGCCGCUCGCUGCGCUGCUGAAUCAGCAGUUCCUAUGUGUUCAUGGAGGCCUGAGCCCCGAGGUCACCUGCCUGGAUGACAUACGCAAGUUGGACCGGUUUAAAGAGCCUCCAGCGUUCGGGCCGAUGUGUGACCUGCUGUGGUCGGACCCGGGGGAGGAUUACGGCUCGGAGAAAACCCAGGAACACUUCUGCCACAACAGCGUGAGAGGCUGCUCCUACUUCUACAGCUACCCCGCAGUAUGUGACUUCCUGAUGAACAAUAACCUGUUGUCUGUAAUACGAGCACACGAAGCUCAGGAUGCAGGGUAUCGAAUGUACAGGAAGAGCCAGACGACCGGCUUCCCGUCUCUAAUCACCAUCUUCUCUGCUCCCAACUACCUGGACGUGUACAACAACAAAGCCGCGGUGCUGAAAUACGAGAAUAACGUGAUGAACAUCCGGCAGUUUAACUGCUCCCCCCACCCCUACUGGCUGCCCAACUUCAUGGACGUGUUCACCUGGUCGCUGCCCUUCGUCGGGGAGAAAGUGACGGAGAUGCUGGUGAACGUGUUGAACAUCUGCUCUGACGACGAGCUGAUGUCAGAGGGAGACGACACGUGUGAGGGAGGAACCCCUGCUGUGAGGAAGGAAGUGAUCAGGAAUAAAAUCCGGGCGAUCGGGAAGAUGGCUCGCGUCUUCUCUGUGCUCAGAGAGGAGAAUGAGAGUGUGUUACAGCUGAAGGGUCUGACUCCCACAGGAACUCUACCUGUCGGCGUUUUGUCCGGAGGACGGAGAACUCUGCAGAGCGCAACCGUAGAGGCAGAGGAGGCCAGAGCGAUCCAAGGCUUCAACCCUCAGCACAAGAUCCAGAGCUUCGAGGAGGCCCGAGGGCUGGACCGCAUCAACGAGAGGAUGCCCCCCCGCCGGGACAGCAAACAGCAGGAGGCCCCACCCCCACUCAACAACCUGCCGGCCAGCACCGGCCCCCCCGACAAGAACGGCACCAACACACAGGCCUAAACCCCCCCUUUCUCCUCCUCUUCCUCUUCCUCUUCCUCCCCCUCUCAGAGCCGCGACUCUCGCUUAAUUUAUUUCAACAUCGGUUAAAAACCAGUGGACGCAGAUCUGGGGGCAGAGGAUGACUGAGUGUAGAUGAAUAAGACGUAAUGAAUACAGGAAUGAAAGGAAAAGUCCAGAAUGAAGCAGAACACGCGUCCCUAGCUUUAAUAUAUCCUACCUUUAUUCAUCUAUUUAUUCCUGUGUUUAUUCCCACGUUUGUUAAUCACUGCAUUUAUACUCUGUCCUGUUCCGCCCCGAGAGAUCUGUCCCGCUGCAGGCAUCAUCACCGCCCGGUCGCUUCGUUUUAUAACCUGGGGGGGCUGAAACUCUUUACUGCAGCGUUUUAUUUUGGCGGGGUAGGAACGCUGUGUUUUCGUACACACACACACACACACACACACACACACACACACACACACACACACAGGAGAAAUCGCAUAAAGUCCAUCCUUUCUUAUGCCAAUGAUAGUGUGACUGAGCUCUGCGGAGCGAGUAUUGACAUUUAUAUUAUGUAUAUUUUAAUUGUUCCCUCUUUUUUUCAAUGUGAUGUUUUUUUUGUUUUUUACAACACAUAGAUUUAGGCUUAAUUAUCCAGAACAGCGUGGGGAGGGGGAGAAUUAAAGGGUUAUUCUGCUUUAUUAUAACUCGGGUCUCGAGCGCUUAACGUUUAUUAUUAUUAAUGUUGGUUUGAUGUUGAAAAAAAGUCGAGGUCCGUUUAUGAAUUCUCCUGGAUUAUAUUCGAGAAUCUGCAGGAAAAAGUCUGGGAUGUUUUCUAAGAUUAAAGCCGCAAAUUUAGGUGAAAAAUAGACGAAAAUGAUUGGAAAAAAGAAGAAGAUUAAACCUGAGAUGAAUUCAUAUUAACAACAUAAAGAAAUAUCCCACAUUUAGGUCCCAAAUUUGCGAGAUAAAAAAAUCCACCAAAAACUUUCAGAUUAAAGAAAUGACUCAUUUACAAACAUCAACAUGUAGAAAUGAUAUACAACAAAGAAACGUGUGUGGAGAAUGUGCAUUAAAAUAUGAAAAGCAUGUUCUGGGUUCAUGAGCUCCUGAACCUGCGGGAGGAAAGCAAAUAUUCCCAGACAUUAUAAACACAUAUAUACAAAGGGAGAUAAAAUCCCGCUUUAUUUUACCAAAGUCUUGAGUGUUCGUUCAUUAUUCAAGUCUAAACCAGCUGUGCUGACCCGUCUUUAACAGGCUGUGGUUUUGAAAUCCAGAACAGCGUUUAGAUUUUAUUCCCUCAGUUAUUCCAACGUUUCCUCGACAAGGAAAGCUCAACUCUGCCGGGUCAGAAGCGCUGAUUUGAAUCUCCAAACGACUGCGUGUUUCUGACUCUGCAGAAAUGAAAGAGGAUGAUGUUUACUGACGGAGGAUGAAGAUACAAACUAAAGACCCCGGUUUUAAUAAAGGGGGAGAGACACAGGAGAGAAGGGAACGGUGGACCGGUGUGGGGAUCGACCCGGGUGGGUUUGAUUCGUCGUUUUCUUUUGGGGGUUUUUGGGGGCGCGGUGGGUGGGAGCUUUAUUUUAUUUUGUGGGAGCGAGGCCUCAUUUCUGACUUCUGUUCGGCUCUCUGAACAUAUCUCACAGAAUGUACAGAAAUAUAAAUCUGUUUUCUUUACAGCUAAAUUUGAGAAAAUAUGAAAUUGUGUCAUGUACUGCGAGGCCUCAUUUCUGUAGAUGUUUCACUCCAUUCAAAUAAAAAAAAGAGAUAAAGCAAA